CUCUCUUUGAUCAACCCAGUCAUUCUUUUCCAACUUGAAACCCGUCCUUCAUGAAGUCAGCUACACUUCUCCUCGCCGCAGCCAGCGUGGUUGCGGCCAAGAGGAACUGCAGCGUCGAGACCAUUGCCCAAUUUCUCCCGAAGAAUUCCACCGUCUUCUAUGCCGAUCACUAUGCCAAGGGUGACAAUUUCACCCCCCCGGUUGAUUACAACUAUGGCAUGACCACCAGCCCCAUGGGCAUCAGCGCGUAUGAGCUUCCUCUUGCCGGUUGUGUUGCUCAAGCCAACAUCUCCUUGCCCAACAACACCCAGCACAGCGUGGGCUUAGUCCUGCCCGAUGAGUGGAAUGGACGGUUCAUGGCUGUCGGAAAUGGUGAAUUCUCCGGGUCUGUGGGCUGGUCUUCCAUCAUCAACACCAUGUGGUAUGGAUUUGCCAGUGUGUCGACCGAUACGGGCCACGAGGGCAACAACGGUAGUUUCGGAUACCACAAUGAAGUGGCUCUCACCAACUGGGGUUACCGUGCCCUUCACGAUGCUGUAGUGAACGGAAAGAAGGUCACCGAGGGAUACUACGAGAAAGAUAUCUCUUACAGCUACUACCGAGGAUGCUCCGCUGGUGGCAAGCAGGGUUUCAAAGAGGUCGAGAUGUUCCCCGACGACUUUGAUGGUGUGAUCGCUGGUGCUCCAGCGUGGUGGACUACUCACCAGCAGCUGUGGAACGUGCUCACUGCUAUCUGGAAUCUUCCUGAGACGGCCGAUUACCAUGUCACCGAUUCUCAGAUGUCGGCCGUUCAGGACGAGAUUCUGAAGCAGUGUGACCCCCAGGAUGGCUUGAAGGACAACAUCCUUCAGAACCCCCUUGGAUGUGUCUUUGACCCGGUCCCCGUGAUGUGCAAUGCUACCUCGUCCAACGACACUUGCGUGACUCCCGCUCAGCUGGUGACUGUUAACAAGCUGUUCAGCCCCUGGAUCGAAGCCAACGACACCUUCGUCUUCCCCGGCUACACCCUCGGUACGGAGGUGGGCGCGCCCAGCCUCAGUGAUGACUUCGUCACCUACAUCCAGUACAUGCUCCAGAUCGGAUACGACUGGACCUGGGAGGACUGGAACCCAGACCUUGUGGCCCUGUCCGACAAGCUGAACCCCGGUAAUGCCACCGCCAACGACUUCGACAUCUCCCCCUUCUACAAGAAGGGCGGCAAGCUUCUGCACUACCACGGCUACUCUGACCCCUCUAUCGCGACCGGCUCCUCCAUCUACCUGUACAACCACAUCCAGGAAGCCCUCCGCCCCCAGGACAUUCCCAUUGACGACUUCUACCGUUUCUUCCUGAUCCCAGGCAUGGAGCACUGCACCAGCACCCCCUCCGACCAGGACGCUCCUUACUACAUGAACGGAGACAGCCAGGCUGAUUCUUUGUCCGGUAACGUCUUUGGCGUUCCCGGCUUCAAUGACAGCAAGCACGAUCUUAUCCUGGCCAUCAUGGACUGGGUUGAGAACGGUACUGCCCCCAACUACCUCAUCCCGACCAAGUACAAGAACGACAACGUCGCCGAUGGUGUCGACAAGCAGAGGCCCAUCUGCCCCCACCCUCAGCUUGCCAAGUACAACGGCACUGGCGAUGUCGAUAAGGCCGAGAACUGGCACUGCAGUACCUUGUACUAGAUGCUUCGCCCUAGGAAUGGAUCGAAGCUAUAUCAAAUGGCUUGUAUUUGAUAUAUAGGCUGGAUCCAAAUGUAUCAUAGUGUAUAUUGUCCUCGGUUAGCCAUA